AUUAUUUUAAACUAUUUGCCCUCUCCAGUCUCCAGUCCUAGUCAUAGCGAUGAAAGAAUAAUAAUAUUUCUGCUUAUGUUAUUAUCAGUCAUCGAUAUUUGAUAGUCAGAUAUUAAAUAUUGAACUGCGGGCUUUGCUAAUUGCUGCUAGGUAACCGGACAAGACUUAACAGUGUUUGUACCUAAAUUCCUAUACAUAUUUUGUUACCGUUGUGCGUCUUUCGACUGUGCUGCGACUUUGCUAAUGUUUAGGCGUUACAUUCAAGGUCUUAUAUUAACUCGUUAUUGACAUUUCACUUUUUUCUACCGAAAGAUCACUACAUAAUAUUUCCGUUCACCGUCGUCAUUGUUGAAGUAUCAUUUGCGCUGAACUACACUCUCUAGCAAAAUUCCAGUGACGUUGAACCAAUUAUGUAAAAAUCUACAUUGCGUUCUUACCAAUAAGCCAUACACAAUUCUUCAAUAUAAGUUUAUACAAUCUGCAUCGUUCACGUAUACUACACAGUAUACUUUUCAUCAAAAGAAGAAUAGUUCAUCAAAUGGGAUCAAUAGCAUCAAAAAGUUCUGAAAGCUAUUAACCCGGUAUUCCCUGCAGUCAUUGAAUGUUAUUUAGUCGGAGACUAGUAUUUAGAAGUAGUAUAUGUCCCCAAUUGCGUGUGUUUUGCAGAACAAUGUCGGGUUCUUGCGAUGACGUUGAGUACACCGUUUGUCGUGAAAAUGACAUACCUGAAAAUGGAAUGCGAGAAUUUGAAGUUGGAAACAAUGGAAGCAAAGUUUUAGUUGUAAAGCAGAAAAACCAAAUUUUCGCUGUUGGUUCAAAAUGUUCCCAUUAUGGAGCUCCUUUAGUAAAUGGCGCACUAGGCAACGGCAGAGUACGAUGUCCUUGGCAUGGUGCAUGUUUUAAUUUGAAGUCAGGCGAUAUUGAAGAUUUUCCCGGUUUGGAUAAUAUUCCAUCUUAUAAGGUAACUGUAACAAAUGGUGAUGUUAAGGUGUCAACUAAAAAGAGUGCACUCGAAAAUGGCAAAUUUGAAAAACCACUGAUCAAGCGUAAUCCAUGUGAUAAACGAACAUUUAUUGUUGUUGGCGGCGGACCUGCUGGAACUUGUUGUGUACAAACACUUAGGCAGGAAGGCUUUGAUGGUCGUUUAAUACUUAUUACCAAAGACAAUUAUUUACCAUAUGACCGUACAAAGCUGAGUAAAGCGCUAAAUACUGACAUCAACUCAAUAUUGUUACGUUCCCAGGAAUAUUACGAUAAUGGUGAUAUUGAAGUCUUAACAAAAACCAGUUUGGAAUCUAUUGACUCAGAUAAAAAAAUCGUCAAACUAUCUAAUAAUGAUCAAAUAGCUUUUGAUUCAAUGUUUAUUGCCACUGGAAUGACACCACGUACAAUCCCUGAUGCUUCAAAAUUCAGCAACGUAUUUACAUUACGCACAGCAGAUGAUGCUGCUAAAAUAUCUCAAAGUCUAUUCCCCGAUUGUCAUGUGGUUAUCAUCGGAUCAUCAUUCAUUGGUAUGGAAGUGGCUGCAUCAGCUAUUUCCAGAGUGAAAUCUGUAAACGUAAUUGGACGAAGUAAUGUUCCUUUUAUGGAGAGCUUAGGCAAAGAUUUGGGUGAACGUGUUCAAGAAUUGUUUGAAUCAAAAGGAGUUGUGUUCAAAAUGAAAACGAGCGUGAAAAAUUUUAUUAGUUUUAAUCAUAAAUUAUCUGAAGUAGAACUAGCUGAUGGCCAAAAGCUCAAGGCCGAUGUUUGUGUAAUAGCAACAGGGGCUAAAGCCAAUUCAGAGUUUUUAGCUUGUUCUUCUAUUAUAGUAAACUCUGCUAAUGGUACAAUCGAAGUCGAUGAGAAUCUAGAAACUAAUGUUAAGGGAAUUUUUGCCGGUGGAGAUGUCGCCAACGCCCCGGUUUAUCCUUUUAACACUAAAGCGUCGAUCGGUCACUGGCAAUUAGCUACUUACCACGGUAAAACAGCUGCACUUCAAAUGCUUGGAAAAAUAAACCCUAUUCAUUCAGUGCCGUUUUUCUGGACUAUGCUGUUUGGAACUGGCAUUCGAUAUGCCGGUUAUGGUUAUGGUUAUAACGACAUUUUAAUUAAUGGCGAUUUAGAGAACUUCAAAGCAGUUAUAUACUAUUGCAAGGAUAACGAUGUCUUAGCAGUGGCAACAGUUGGGAGCGAUCCCGUUGCAGCGAAAUUUGCCGAGCUUUUGGCAAGUGGUAAGACAUUGAAAAAAGAUCAAGCCAUUAAUAACAAAUGGUUGAAUGAUGAAGAUGAUGAUGAAGUCGUUUGUACUAGAUUAUGAUUAUUGUAACACAUGAAUUUGUUUUAUCUUAUAUACACCACAACAAACAUUGUCAUUCUACAAGUGUACUUUAAAAUAUUUAUAUGAAAUCCUUAUAAUUUAUUGUUUUUUUUUCAUGUAAUCACAAAAGUAAAGUUGGUAUAUACUAGUUAUUAAAUAAUCUAAUUUAUUUGUUGCAUUAACAA